AUGGAUUCUGAUACGACAUCGAGAUACGUGCCAGAAUACAGAAAGGCAAACUUUAAGAACAAGAACAGAUUCCAACAGGAUGAGGUGAGAAGACGGAGAGAGACUCAGCAGGUGGAACUGAGAAAACAGAAGCGUGAAGAACUCUUGACAAAGAGACGGAACUUCAACGCCCCUGCAGGAAUGAAUGAUUCGGAUGAAGAGGAUGAAGAAACGCAAACUGCAGAAACCGUGUUCUACCGCCAACUACAGAGUGAGUUGCCAAAGAUGGUCAACAGUAUUGCCUCGAACGACUUGGAACAGCAAUUGGACGCCACUAUCAAGUUCAGACAAAUCCUUUCUAAGGAGCACAACCCUCCUAUCGACCUUGUGAUUGAAAGCGGUGUUGUCCCUAAGCUUGUUGACUUUAUGCGUUCUGGUCCGGAGAUCCUCCAGUUGGAGGCAGCCUGGGCUUUGACCAACAUCGCGUCAGGAAGCUCUGAACAAACGAAAUUCGUGGUUGAUGCUGGCGCUGUGCCUCUGUUUGUGAACCUCUUGUACUCGCCAUCCAUGGAGGUCAAGGAGCAAGCAAUUUGGGCCCUCGGUAACGUUGCUGGUGACUCCUCCGCGUACAGAGACUACGUUCUUUCUUGCAAUGCCAUGGAUCCGGUUCUCUCUCUGUUCCAGUCAUCCAAGAUGUCGCUCAUCCGUACAGCUACAUGGACUUUGUCCAACUUGUGUCGUGGAAAGAACCCACAACCAGACUGGCAGAUUGUCAAGGGUGCUUUGCCAACGCUGGCUAAACUAAUUUUUUCUGUGGACGUGGAAACUCUGAUUGACGCGUGCUGGGCAAUUUCAUACUUGAGUGAUGGUCCAACUGAGGCUAUCCAAGCUGUGGUCGAUGCUAGAAUCCCUAAACGGCUUGUGGAACUCUUGGGACACGACAGCACUCUGGUCCAGACCCCGGCCUUGAGAGCUGUUGGAAACAUUGUCACUGGUAACGAUUUGCAAACACAAAUUGUCAUUAACGCGGGUGUUUUGCCUGCCCUUGCACCACUACUCAGAUCUCCAAAAGAGUCAAUUCGCAAAGAGGCAUGUUGGACCAUUUCGAACAUCACUGCAGGUAACAGCGAUCAAAUUCAAGCGGUGAUUGAUUCGAACCUGAUUCCUCAAAUAAUCAAAUUGCUUGCUACAGGCGACUACAAAACAAAGAAAGAGGCAUGUUGGGCAAUUUCCAAUGCUUCUUCAGGAGGCCUCACUCGUCCAGAUCAGAUCCGGUAUCUUGUCUCUCAAGGUUGUAUCAAGCCAUUGUGUGAUUUGUUGGCCAUCGCAGACAACAAAGUCAUUGAGGUGACUCUUGAUGCUUUGGAGAACAUUCUCCGGAUCGGUGAGCUUGAAAAAGAAGCUCGUGGCUCGAACAUCAACGAGAAUGCCAUCUUCAUUGAGGAAGCGGGUGGAGCAGAGAAGAUCUUUGACUGUCAGAGUAACGAGAACGACAAAAUUUACACCAAGGCCUAUCACAUUGUGGAGACAUAUUUCAGUGGAGAAGAGGCUGAGGAAGAUGCUGCUGGACUACAGCCUGAGAUGAGUGGUGACCAGUUUGGAUUUGGAAUGAACUCCAACGUCCAGCAAGGUGGUUUCCAUUUUGGCUAA